AUGUCUGUGUAUGGCUUCGUUGUGGGUGGACCUUCUGGGCACUACUGGCAUCAGUUCUUGGAGGCCAACAUAAUGCCCAAGCGCCCCACCAGCCGCCCAGCCAUUGUGCUCAAGCUGCUUGUGGACCAACUGGUGUUUGCGCCGCUCUCAACCAUUUUGCUAUUCGUCUACCUGGAGAGCAUCAAGGGGACGCCAGAUCAGAUCGGCCUCAUCAUUCAGACAAAACUGUGGCCGACCCUGAAGGCGAACUGGGUGGUGUGGCCGCUCGCCAAUUUCAUUGCUUUCCGAUUCCUCCAUCAGGACAUGCGCAUCCUCUACGCGAAUUUCAUCGGGAUUCUGUGGUGCGCGUACGUGUCGCUGGUGUUCUACAACCAAGUCCCCAAGAUGGCAGCAGCCCAGUAG